AGUACGAAAAACUAAUGAAGUCAACAUUUUGACUCUCUGCCUCACUUUUCCUGGAAUGGUAUGAAAUCCGCUCGUGUAGUGGCGGCAUAGCAGGAAUCUGAGUGUGGCGUUCUGUGCUCAUCUGAAUGACUUAUGUUUGGCGGGGGCAUGCAGAUCGUCCGAUUGCAUUUUCACCUAGCCCACCGAUAGAUGUCCUGCGGGAACUUGAGUUCCGCCUUGAGGACGACGGUGAGUUUGCAUAGCAGUUUAUCAAUGUUCGUGUCUAGUGCGAGGCUUCUUCAGCAACAGCGUGUACGGUGCUGACUCUUGUGCUCCCCUUUGGCAUGAAUCAGCUGCCGGCUGACAGCAGUUCGCUCACUAUGGACUGUGACGCCUUUCGAACAGUUCUACCGGCUGAAUUUCACCGGCGGUUCUUGGUGAAGCAGGUCCGAUCUGACGGUCGCUAUUUUUUGACGUACAGACAGCCACGCAUUUCGUCAAAUACACUCACUAACUGUUGCGGUUCUGCCUCGGUGAGAGCGGGUAACAACUACUACCUGGCGGGAGUUCGGGGUGAGGUCGGCCCGCAAGUUGCCAAGGUAUGCGCCAGUAGCAUCAGACAACCUACGAACUCUGCGUGUUCCGAAAGUUCAGAGAGCCUGCAUCAGCCUCAGGAUGAAACGUCAAACUCUUCGCCGGCAGGCCGAAUUAUCGUAUCUGUCGAAUUUCCAAGUAUAUGCGGAGCUGAGUUCUCUGAUGGAGCGGGACCCAAUACCAACGCUCACUUACUCAUUUCGGGGGUCUUAACAGAUCUCCUGAACUCCAAUUCGGUUAUUGACACCUCUCAGUUAUUGCUGAGAGCCACUGAAGGAGAGGAAAACUCUGAGCUGGAUGAAGACAAACUGCGGGGCGACGAGGACGGCGCACACUCUACUGCUAGAUCUGUGAACGGUGUCUCCAGUGGGCUUUUUGCAGAGAAGAGAAGGAUGAAGGGCUUGCCUACUACAGAACUCUAGCUAUGUUACACUCGUCGAGCAAACGCGACGUGC